AUGGUUGAUCCAGUAGUUGACACUAAGCCUCUUAAGGAUUAUGUGAUUCCUACUAAAGAGGAAUUGCAUUGUAGUAUUGUGCACCCGCCAAUUGCGAAAAAUAAUUUUGAACUAAAACCCUCUUUGAUAGGUAUGGUGCAAGAAAAUCAAUUUUCCGUGAUACCUUCUGAAAACCUGAACCUUCAUCUUUCUAUAUUUGUUGAUAAUUGUGGAUCAUUUUUGGGGAAACUUAAGCGAAAUCCUAAGGGGCACUUGAAUGUUGUGACAACCCAUAGUGGUAAGGAUGUGGUUAGUUCUAAUGAGAGAGAAAAAGAGGUUGAGGCGAGUGAACCAACACCGCCUGAAAAAGAGUUUGUUGAAGAGGUUGAGAUGGAAACACCUUAUGUUGCUCCUCCCCCUACAAACCAACCAUCCCAUUCCUACAAAGGCAUGAAAUUAGAGGACCAUGAAAAUGUGGCUUUAACUCUUGAUAGUAGUUCCGUAAUUCAAAAUACGGUGAUCCCUAAGCUUAAAUAUUCAGGGAGUUUUUCUAUCCCUUGUCAAAUAGCUACCAUGAACUUUGAGAGAGCAAUUUGUGAUUUAAGGGCCAGCAUUAGCCUGAUGCCCUUAUCUGUGUGUAAGAAGUUAGAUAUGGGUGAGAUGAAAGUGACAAAUGUAUCUUUGCAACUAGUAGAUAGAUAUGUCAAAUACCUUGUAUGUGUGUUAGAGGAUGUUCCAGUGAGAGUAGUAGAGUACUAUGUGUCGAUAGACUUUGUCAAAAUGGAUAUCGAUGAGGAUUCCUAA